AUGGAUCAGAUAUGUCAAGGUGUGACCUAUGAUGAAAAAGAGAAGCUGUUUUCCUUCACCCUGGGAGGACAAAUGUUCAGUGGAACUUCUAAGUUGGUAGAAGAGGCAGAAAGAAAUUUUACAACCUUUCAGGAAGUUUACCUGUGGAAAGGCUCUGAUAUGCUCACCCGGACUAAAACCUCUGCAUGCAAUGCUACUGCUUUGAAGACAGACAACAAUCUGGUGUUAUCAGAUUCCACAAAGGAUCUUUUCUACCGAAUGGACAACAGCUGGAUACAAAGCAGCCAGAACUAUUCUCUCCCGUACCAGCAGUACUGGGUCUUCAGGCAGAAGUACUCAGCAGAGGAAGCUGUGCUUUGGUGUCUCACACGGUGUACACAAGAGGAUGAGUUUUGUCGAAUGGCAGAUCUUCAAAACACUGCAGACACAUACGUUGUGUGUACCCUCUAUCCAGAGGCACAGAUUUGUGAUGGCAGCAUCGAUCAAAUGCCAGAAAACUGUCAAACACUGCUACCCUGGCAACCACAGACGUUGUAUCGUAAAAUAGUCACUCUAAAAAGUUCUGUGAAGAGCUUCUACACACGUGUACCAUUCCAGAAAGUAAUGGGUAUCUCAGUGAGGAAUAAGACUGACAUGAGCAGAAAAGCUGUUUCAGAUGGCUUCUUUGAUUGUGAGCGUUGGUGUGAUGCUGACCCCUGUUGCACAGGAUUUGGCUUUUUUAAUGACUCCCAGCUAUCAGGUGGAAGGAUUAUGUGCCUGACCCUGAACAGCGUAGGAAUCCAGACGUGUGCUGAGGAGGCAAGAAGUGCUUGGCAAGUUUCAAAUUGUAGUUCACCAAAUGCUGAAGUCAGAAUACACCCGUUUGGCUGGUAUCAAAAGCCUGCUGAUUUGAAGAACACCAUGGCUAACCUGUGUCCGCCUGUUAGUUUACCUCCGGGGUCAGAAAGUGAGUAUUUGGAUAGAUGGCAACCCUUAAGUGCGUCCUCUGUUCUCAUGGAUUCAUCCAUCUCAGACUUUGAAGUUGUGCAAGUUAGUAGAGAUAUAUCCAAUUACUUCUCCACUGCCAGAGACUAUUGCCUAUCCGCUUGUUCAAACGACCAGUCAUGUAUGGUGGUUACACUGGAAAUCCAGCCUUCAGCAGUCAGAUGCCUUUUCUACCCUGAUACACAGAUAUGCACACAUGGUCUUCAAGGGCACAGCUGUCGGGUUUUACUCAAAGAGGCAGCUACAUACAUCUAUAGGAGACGAGGUAAGUGCAGGUUGAGUGUCGAAGCAGGUAUACCAUCUGUGUACAUCCCAUCCCAUGGAGAUCUGAUGGGCAAAUCCGAGGUGAUCCGUGUUGGCUCAGAGUGGAAAAACAUUAGCCAGUUCCUGGGAAUCCCAUAUGCUGCACCUCCCCUUGCAGAAAGGCGCUUCAGUCCUCCAGAGCCAUUUGCUUGGGUGGAAACCUGGAAUGCUACCGUGGCUCGGGCAGCUUGUUGGCAGCCAGGAGACGGAGAGGCCCCAUCAUACUCUGUCAGUGAAGACUGCCUAUAUCUAAACGUCUUUGUUCCUGCCACCACUGUCAAAAACUUGUCAGUGUUGCUGUUCUUCCACAACGGAGGGAGUUACAGUGCUGAGGCAGGAAAGACAACCAUAGAUGGAUCAUAUCUAGCUGCCAUCAGUAACAUCAUUAUCGUGAUGGCAAACUACCGGGUCGGCGUUUUUGGCUUCCUGAGUACUGGUUCCCCUGAGGCGAGUGGAAACGCUGGCCUUUUGGAUCAGUUAGCAGCUUUGAAGUGGGUGCAGCAGAACAUCGCGAGCUUUGGGGGAGACCCAAGCCGGGUUUCUGUAGGAGCUGACCGUGGCGGAGCCGAUGUUACCAGCAUCCACCUGCUCACAGAGACAGCCGAAAAGGACCUCUUCAGAAGGGUGGUGUUGAUGGGAGGUUCAGCUUUUUCUCCAGCGUCUGUUAUUACUAAGAGCAGGGCACAGACCCAAGCAGCAGUCCUGGCUGAAGAUGUGGGAUGCCCUUCAUCCACCAGUGAGGAAAUUGUAGCCUGCCUCCGCCAGUUGCCUGCUCGUGCCCUCAAUGAUGCACAGACUAAGCUCCUAGCUAUAAGCGGUCCAUUCCAGUACUGGGGUCCAGUGGUGGAUGGAAUUUACCUUCAGGAACCUGUAGCUAAAGCCCUGCAGCGUCCUCAGCUUCGGAAAGUAGAUCUGCUCAUUGGAAGUGCUCAGCAAGAUGGGUUGAUCAGCAGAGCUAAGGCCAUUAAG